UCUGAAGCUCUUCUUCACUAUAAACUCUCUUUCUCUGUCUACCUCAAGUCCUAGCACAUACAAAGGAGUGAAGGAUGAUCCCCUAUAGUGACAUGCUUGAGGGAUCAUCCCAAUGUCAACAACUUCACCUCUCUUCCUUUAUCAGAGAUGUAAAUUACAGCUGUGGCUCGUGUGGUUAUGAGCUAAACUUGAAUUCCAGCAACCGCAACACCUCCCUCAUUGAUUCCGGAUAUGGAAAGUCCAUAAAGAAAGGUCUCAUCUCCUUCUUCUCUUUGGAUGAGAGCAGGUUCACUCAGGUCCAACAACUUCCCUGGUCGUGGAUACCCUUUUUCAGCUCCAAGCGCCGCCAAUGGGGUCUGUUCCAGCGCAGGAGAACCAAGCUCCUCUGCCGUGGGUGCGGCAACCACCUUGGCUAUGCUCACACCUUGCCCUCUCACUCUUGGGAUGGCAUCUCUGAUUCCAGAAUCUACGACAUCAAACUAACCUCUCUGCUACCUUCUUUCCGCGAGGAACCAAGUCACAUGUCCCUAGAUCAUAUGGUUAAGUACGAGAGUGCUUCUUCCUCUGUGGUGUUCUAAUUCUAAAUUGAAGCCAAGGUGGACAAGAAGGAAGAUAUAUACGGUGCUGCAUAGCUUGUUGUUUAAUUUGAAAGUAUAGGAUAAGUGUUUACGGCGCUGAAUGUCAAUUAAUGUAUUCUACUUUUGAUUAUGAUGAUAUUGUAUCUAUAGUUCUUUAGUCUA